AUGGCCUGGCCACCCCCUGGCUGGCUCUUCGUGCUGGGGGCCCUGGCUGUGCUCUCGGCCACCCCGGCCCCCGGGAGCUGUCCAGAGAGGCUGUACCGCUCUCCGGAGAGGCUGUGCUGCCAGAUGUGCAGGCCAGGGACGUUCCUAGUGAAGGACUGUGACCAGGACCUGGCGGCUUCUCAGUGUGACCCGUGUAAACCAGGCCUUUCCUUCGCUCCAGACUACCACAGCCGGCGCCACUGCGAGAGCUGUCGCCACUGCCACUGGGGCACUCCCACCCACAACUGCAGCAUCACCGCCAACACCGAGUGUGCCUGCCCCACGGGCCACCAGUGCAGGGACUCAGAGUGCACGGAGUGUGACCCCCUCCCAGACCCUCCAGCUCCUCCACCUGUGGCCCCGGGCCCACCCCGUGCCCCCAGCCUGUCACCUCUGGCCGAGAGUAAGUUCCAGCCCACCCCGGGGUCCAGUCACAGAGUGGGGUGGCACCUCGGCCAGUACUCCCCACCCCACACCUGCCCGAGGUUCCUGGGGGCUCACUCGGUGUCUCCCCAGAGGUGCUGGAGGCCAGGACAGUCAGGGAGGUGCAGACUCCAGCUGACCUCAAGCAGAGGCCGGGCCCAGGUCUCCCCACCCCCUGGCCAAGUCCGUGGGUGCGGUGCGGGGCGCAGGGUAGCAGGACAGCGGGGUGAGACCCUCCGGGACCCCAUGCGCCCCGCAGCCCCGAAGUCACUGUGCAGCGCAGACUGCGCCCGCGUCGUCACGAUCUUCUCCGGAAUGCUUUUUGUUUUCGCCCUGGGCGGAGCCCUAUUCCUCCACCAACAGAGAGAAUGCGGAGCAAACAGAGGCGCGGAGCCGGAGGAGCCCGUGGAGCCCUGUCCCUACAGCUGCCCGAGGGAGGAGGAGGGCCACACCGUCCCGGUCCAGGAGGACCACUGGAAGCCAGAACCGCCCUGCUAAGCCUGAACACCCACACUCAAGCCCUGGCCACCGGACAGCGAGAUCCGGCCCAUACAGUCCUCUCCUCCGGACCUUCGCUGGCACUUGCCGAAGUGCCUUUCCUAGACUGGCAGUGACAAGGACAGGAGCUCGGAGUGCGGCCCUGCUCUGCAGGAGGCCCCGGGCUUGGCUGUAAAACACUCUCUGGGUGAAAACCCCACGCGCUGUAUCCGUCUCCAAAGACCUAAGACAACGUGG